UAUAUGUAAAAGUCGGAGUCAUGGAUAAACACCUAAACAAACCACGACGAACCCGGAGUUAACGGAAGACGAGCAGCAUAUUAAAACCACGUGCUGUUACAUUUCAGAAUGGUGGACAGUGUUUACCGCACACGAUCUCUUGGUGUAGCUGCAGUCGGUCUUCCUGACCAGUAUGCUGACGGAAAAGCAGCUAAAGUGUGGCAGCUGUAUAUUGGAGACACCAGGAGUAGGGCGGAUGAAUACAAGAGCUGGGUGCUGUCCUUGCUCAGAAAACACAGGGUUCAACGUGUUCUGGACGUAGCCUGCGGCACAGGGGUCGAUUCCAUUAUGUUGGUGGAAGAGGGAUUCAAAGUGGUUAGCGUGGAUGCCAGUGACAAAAUGCUCAAAUAUGCUCUUAAAAAGAGAUGGGAGAGGAGGAAAGAGCCAUCAUUUGAUAAUUGGGUAAUUGAGGAGGCCAACUGGCUUACGUUACAAGAAGAUAUCCAGAAACCUGGAGAUGGGUUUGAUGCUGUUAUUUGCCUGGGAAACUCAUUUGCUCACUUACCAGACUUCAAAGGAGACCAAAGCGAUCAGAAGCUUGCCUUGCAGAACAUCGCUAGCAUGGUAAAACCUGGUGGAAUCCUCAUUAUUGAUCACCGUAACUAUGACUACAUCCUUGAGACUGGCCAGGCACCACAAGGAAAGAAUAUUUACUAUAAGAGUGAUGUUAAACAGGACAUCUCCACCUCUGUGCUGUGGGUUAAUAGCAAACCUCACAUGAUCACACUGGACUACACCUUGGAACUGCCUCAGCCGGAGGGCGUUCAAACACCCCCUGAGACAAGUAAAUUCCGCCUGUCAUACUAUCCACAUUGUCUGGAAAGUUUCAAGGAGAUUUUAGGAGGAUCCUUCUUCAAUAAGUGUGAGCACAAUGUAUAUGGUGAUUUUAAGCAGUACACCCCAGGGCAACAAGAGACACCCUGUUAUUUCAUUCAUGUAGUUAAAAAGACAGCGUAAGGCUAAAUGAGUUGACAUUUAAUUUCCCCAUUACUCUGCCCUGCUGCUGCUUUCAACAAACACAAGGAUAUUUUUGACACAUUAUGAGGCCAUAUUGUAUAUUUUAAAAUACACAAUAUUAUGUUUUGGAAGUGAAAUUUCCAUUUUAAAAUUUGGGAUCUUUAUGCUUUAUUUGGACAGAUUUGAGUCCUAAAUACUUUCUUUGUUAUGUUGCUUAAUAUCUUAAUUGGUUAAUUACUUACUUUUUUAUUGUACCCUUAAUUUCACCUUCAUUAUUUGUAUUUCUAGAAGGCUAAUACGAAAACCCUAAACCACAGUUGUCCAUAUUUGGUCCUUAAGAGACACUGUCCUGAAAACGUGCCUCAAAACUAGUGUGCUUAGUAAACCUUGACUAGCUGGUUCAGGUUAAUGACUUUCAGAUAAAGUUGACCUCUUAAUGUAUUACUGCUUUGCUCAUCAUUUAGUUCUCUCUUAAAAUUGCAUUCUUUGAAAAUUGGACUCUAAAAUGUGAUACAUUUUAAAGGAUUGCAUUGUUACUUUUUACACAAAUGAAACAAUUCAAAUGCAUUACAUGAUUUAAACAUAUAAUAGUUGAUUUUUCCUAAAUUAUUAGAAUUGUAUUUCUGGCACAGGUGUACUCCAAAAAAUUGUUAUAAAGUUUAUAUUGUAUAAAGUUUCUAUUAAAAAUAAAUAUCAAAUUCA